UGGUUCCUAAAAUGGCAGCCGUUUCUGUCAGUGUGAAGUGAAACUUUCCUAUUUUUAUCCAACAUUUGGUCCUUUUCUGUCAUUAUAGGUCGACUGAAGUGUUCCGUUUAAUAAAUUAAGCAUUACCGGAAUACAGAGACAUUGGACUGUUAUCGUCAGGAGCGAUCGCUGACAUUCUUCACUCCGUUUUCCGUCGCGGGAUUGCUGGGCUUCCCUCGGAGUUGAGGUGGCUCAGUGCCUGACAUUGGCUUCAUACGGACUGUUGUCAUCACAUCUCUGAAGGCUUAGUCGUCAGAGCAGACUGCACGUCGGCCGAGGAACUAGCUGGCCUGCCGUUUCAAGUGCGUCGAAGAACGACUCGACAGCAUUCCGUUCAGCGGGGUUUUGUAAGGGCUGGCCGGAGAUUCUGAGGACGUGUCACGUCAGCUGUCACUUGAAAUAACGAGGUGGUGUUGGAUGUCACCAGCAUUCAGUGUCAGGCUGAACUGGGUUUGCUAGCGUCAUCCAUCCUGGCAAAUCAAAUGGAGAAGCUCCAGGACCUGAGCCAAUCAGAGCUUCAGGAGCUCCUGGACAACCCGGAGAAGGUGGAGUCUAUGGCUCUGGAGUCUGACGAGAUCCAGAACAUCCAGCUGGAGAGAGAGAUGGCCUUGGCAUCAAACCGCAGCCUGGCUGAACAGAACCUGGACAUGAAGCCCCGUGUUGAGUCAGAGAAGGAGGUGCUGGUGGAGAGAUAUUCUCAGCUAGAGGCCAUCAGAGAGACCUACAGACAACACUGCUCCCUCAGAGAUGGGAUGGUGGGUCAGGUGUCGCCAGAGGCUCUGUUCUCCAGACUUCAGACAGAGGGCAGCAAAUCUGAGGCAGAGUCAGAGGCUCUGGCUGAUGAGUUUCUGGAGGGCUCUCUGCCGUUGGACUGCUUCCUGGAUCGCUUCCUCUCCCUGCGCUCCCUCGCUCACAAAAGACGGGUGCGGAUAGAGAAACUCCAGGAGAUCCUACGACAGAGGAGCGAUGGCAAUCCCAACGCCAUGACUUCAACGACAGGCAUCAGCCAAGACCCCGAUGCCACCCCUUCUCCAUGGAAUCAACCGACAACCACGGCAACAACAGCAAAUCAGCAGCAGCCAAACUCCAAACCUCAGUCCUCCAGCUACCAGAACGCCUCGCAGCCCGCCUCCUCGUCUGCAGGGGGCCCUGCUGGCCUCCCCUACAGCCCCUACCCUGUCUCCCAACCCAACCAUCCACCUGCGGCAGCAUCAGGCUCCGGCCCAGCCAACCCCUCGUCACAGUUCCCUCCGUACCCAGGUUCUGGGUCUCCUUUCACCCCGGGGGGGAGCUUCUCUGGCCACAGGCCCGCAUUUGGGCCUCCGGCUUCAGCUGCUUGCCCUUACCCCACCCAGCCCUCUUUCCCUUCCCCACACCCAGGCUCAGCGUUCGGCCAGUACACCCCCAGCCACCCUCAGAGUGGCCCCGCACCCUAUCCGGCCUCCUACAGCUAUGGGGGCUACAGCUACCCUGCCGGGCCCCCUUAUUCCAAUUCUCAGUCCCCCACAGGGAGACCCAUCUACAGACCAGGAUAUGGAGUCCCACAGCCGUACUCAUGAAAGCACCACUGCUCCUUUGUCUCAAUUCUUCCUCUCUUUUAUCUCACUUCUCUGUCCUCUUCUCUCCAUUAUUACCAAUCUCUUCUCCUCUUGUAUUUUACCUCCCCCACUCCUUUCUGCCAUGCUGAGAGGUCUCUCGCUUUAUUCAUCUCUGUUGCACUAUUUCUCUCCUCUAGAAUAAGUUUUUUAAACUCUCCCUAUCUCUCUCCCCGUAUGACUCCCCCACACUAGUCUCAGGUUGUUACGUUAUGUUUAAGUGUUAAAACACUUGUAUCUGGCCCUCUCUCCAUCGCCCCCUCUCUACUCUUCCAUUUCUUGUGCGUGUGUGUGUUGCUAUUUGGCAAUCAGAAAGUCCUUAUAAACACACAAGUGCAUUCCCGUUUGUAACACCUCAUCAGAACCUGUCUGCUUCACCGUGUUGUUCAUGAGCACAGUCUGCAUUGAGAAAAGACUCGUAUAGAACAUUUAUGUCCUUGGGCUUAUAAAAUGCAAUUAAAUUGGCAAAGGGAUGGCUGUCACAAAGAUGUCUCUUGUAUUAAGUUCAUUUAAGAUUAAACAAAUGCUUGCUCUGUUCCAAACAAUGACAUACUAUCAAGUUACUGUGGGAGGUAUAUUUCUUUAUGCAUAUCACCUGUGGCAGAGGGACCCCCAGUGUAUCCGCUCACACUUUAUUUCCGUCAACCAAAGAACCUAGUGACGAUGACAGUGCUUCAUUUUUCUUAUUUAUUGAUAACGUUAAGAGGCGAGUUGCUGCAGCUGUUUGUCAUCUCGGUCCGUGUAAAGCCUGUCGCAGCAGGAAGUGGCGAGGCGAAGUGACUAGCUAUGCUUGUUGCUAAACUAGCGCAGCUGGCUAGCUAAGCACUGACACAGUAGCUAAGUGUGAACAGGUGGAAACUUCUUCCCUGUUUUCUGCACUAGUUAAUCCUCUCUGGUUUUUGUUCUCAGAAUUGGUAAUCAUUUCAUUAAAUAAAGCGUUCCUGAAGAGGGGGAAAAGCUCUCCAGGCCAACAAGUUUUUGAGAUAUUUCUGAGGUCAGUUUUUGUGCUGGGUUAGGAGCAAUAGUUAGCUGUAAAUGUCCCUCUGUAAGCCUCAUAUAAGCCCCUGCAACACUCCACUUUUGAGCCAAAGCACAUUUAAAAACCACACUUUGUUAGCCUUCAUCUGUUCCCCACGCGUCACAGAAAUAAGUCACACAUUUUCUUAAAAGGAAGAAGAUUGUUAGCUGUAACUUUGAUAAAGAAGAGAUUCUGAUGGUGUGAACAGCUUCCUGUUGAGCUCUGAUCAUGUGAUCCAAUGUAUAAAAUAAUCAGAGCAGCAAAAAGAAAUGGAUAUGUAUUUAACAAACAUUUCCUUCCACAAAGCCUGUCUGCUUUUUGGACCCGACAGUUAACUGGACAUAAAGGCAUCAUGUUCAGUUGUUAUUCGCUGUCCUUUUUAGCACAUCUCACAUUUGUAGUUUCAUGUAUGCAUUUUAUUCCACAACAGUUACAAAUAGCUAGCAAGACAAUGCAACAGUGCAGUACUACCAAGUGAAAGACAUUACAAUAACCGGAAGAUGUUUGCUAAACCAUGAAUUAGCUAUCUAGCUUAGGCGACAAACGUUAGUUACAGAUUGCACACCUGGUCAACAAAUAAAAGUCACAGAACUGAGGUCUCAGAAUGUCAAAGCCCUUCCUACUUUAAAAAGCUUAGGUUGCCACAUGUCUUAUGGGGCCUGUUGGAAUAUGACCAUUCCCAGCAAAACAUAGAUUUAGGUAGAUUAGCCUGCCACUCUGCACUAGUACAGAUCAGUUAAGAGCGAGUAAAAUGGAGUGAAAGUAAUGACAAUCUAGAUUGUUCUAAGGAGCUGUAGGGUGAGUGCAGACAGGGAGAGCUGCUGAUGUCUGGCACUGACCGUCUGUACCCCUCCGUCUGCAUCCACCUGAAACAGAGCAUCCCUUCGUCCUCUCCAUCCCUCUCCUCUCCACGUCUGCUUGUUGAAUCUGAACUGAUUCUUGUCAAUGAUUACAAAAAGAACAUGUGAUAUCACUAUCGCUUUCAGUGACUAUAAAUAUGCCGCGUGGAGUUUAAUGGAGUAAAAUAUAAAGAUACUACAGAUAAUUCAGAGGUGAAGUACCAUCUCUGAAAACACACCUUAUUGUGAACUGUCCUCUCAUGUUUUCUCUAACAUCUCCUCUCAGCUGCUUCAGAACACAAACAUUACAAGUCUUAUUAUAAUCUGAAAAGUAUUAUCUUUUGCAUUUUUUGUAGCCCCCCCCCCCCACACACACACACACACACAAAAAAGAUAUCCGCUGAAGUAGGAGAAAUGGAAGGAUGCAGGGCUGCUGCCACGGAGGUUGUCUUUAUUGCCAAAUGCCAUCAUUGCUACACACGUUGGACAUGUAUCCACUCUGCGUCCUGAGGGGACAGACCUGAAUCCAGAUCAGCUGCAAGCCUCUUCGUGCACAGCAAGGGAAUCAUUGAGAGAACUCUGAGUGAUGUCAUCAUCUAAACUGAUCAUUAAAUUGGUGUACAUGCAGCGAAAAGGAAGAAAGCCAGAAGGUAGAUGUGCUGUGGUUGAAGGAGGGGCUGUUUCCAUGACGACACAGCAGCAUCACAGGUUUUAUCAGCUGUUCAUUUUUAUAUUUCAGGAUUUGUUGCCCAGAUAAUACGUUUAUUUGUUUUUGUGAGGAGGGGCUUUUACCUGUAGAGACGAUUUAAUGGAGUUAAUGUGGCCAACACAUUAUUUAAACCAUUUCUUAUUAUUUAAAACCUUAUUUUGAGUUUCCUGAGUUUCAGUUGUUCAUUAUCAUCCAAGAUCCAUGGAAUAAUAAUAACUGACCCACACAGGCACAGGUGUGUGUGUGAUUUCAUCAGUAAUGUGUUUGAGCAGCGUUCUUGUCCCUUAUCUGGUAGAAAAGGUGCUUUUAAAAUCUAAAUCCUUUCUCCUGUCAGCGCUCAUAGAUAUGCACUUCAGAAUGUUUCGCCCCACUUCCUGUUCACAAUCUCUUCUUCAUAUAGCUGAUUGUGUACAUUGAGUUUUCACAACUACAUCUCCAUGAUGUAUGUAUGUCAAAAGACUCAUGGAAAAUGUAGUUCUAUUUACAGCAGGUAUAAUAACAUUUAAAGGGAGUCUGUGUAGAACAUCUUUUGUCUGCAACAUGACAAACCUCAUCGAACCAUGUGACCAACAGCUUUGUGGUCGGCCAACCCAGUGACCUUAAUAUCAGUGCCACUGUAUUCACACUGAGGACGAUUCUUACAAUACUACAGAUAUUUAAAAGCAUUGUUUGGGGAAAAUAAUUUAUCCAGGAAAGAGCCACCAGACAUUGUAUGAUUGAUCGAUCUUUGACUGACGAAGAAUAGGGCAGAAGUGUUAUGGGUUGCUCAGAUACUGGUUGCAGAGAGAGGAAUGGUGGAUCACAGGCCCGGACUUAUUUAACAGGAAGUGUUGUAGCUUAAAGACUGUCAUAUAUUUGCAAGAGUUUGAAGUCGUUCUGACAGUCUAUGAAAAAUAAGACUAAUCAACAAAGGUUGUAAAAGAAAAAUUGAUUUUUGUGUACCCCGAGCAUCACAGCAGUCCUUAAAGAAGCUCUCACUGACGGAAUAAACACUGCUUAGUAAAUAAUGUGCUGAUGCCUCAUUGGUUAUCUUUAAAGCCCUUCAUAAAUCCUUCACUUAGUAUGUGUGAUGUUAUCAGUAACUCCUUUAUGCUUUCAAACUAUAGAUUUUCUAAAUCAAGUUGCUGAAUUUAACCUUAUGCAUACAGCUUCGGAAAAAUAAAAAAAAUUAAGAGUUGAGAAAACGAAGAGACCAUUCCAAAUGUUUCUUAAAUCUUUAUCUCUACAUGUAUGGCAGCCAUUCCAGUGUCUGUUGAUUUCCAACACAGAAAUGUUGUCAGUAGUUUAUAGAAUAGGCUACAAUAAAAAACAAAUUUAAAAAAUCAUUUAACUCAAAGACAUACGUAUUAAUAGUAAAACCGGAGAAACUGAUGAUGCUGCAGUGGUCUCCUAAUGUUUUCUGGAGCUGUAUCUGAGCGAGUAAAGACCUCAGUGAUGUUUGGUUAUCAGGAAACACCUGAAGCUCCAUCUGCAUUCCACCAACAGGAGUCACUGUAGCAUCAGCAGCCAUCCUCUCCAGCAUGUCUUUACUCUGGACUUCACACACACAGCCUGAUGCAUCAGAGUUGCACAUAUUCAUGCAGAACGACUAGGAAAGACUACUUAUAAGUAUACAUUUUGUAAUUUGAGAUCAAGUAAAUACAAUUUGUGAAAUAUGGUUCAACAUCCGUCUUGGUUCACAUCAUCUUUGUUUGGAUCCGGUGUCAGGUCCGAGGUCUUAGCUGAGGAACAUAUCAAGAACCGUUCACCUGAAGCUGUGGAAACCCUUGAAUGGAUCAUUCAAAUGUAUCACUGCAUUUUUACCUUACAGACAUUCAAAGGGUGAAUGGGUUUUUACUCGAUCUAUAAACCCAUAACAAAAGUCAAUUAUUAUGAGCCAUUAUUAAAGUAUUUACAGAGUAUAAAGCCUUUAGGAAUAGAACUGGUUCAGAGGCUGAGCUGAGUCUGACAGAAUGUGACACUGCCCCUCCACCUGAGAUCACUACAUGUCAUGUGACUGUUGUUCAUCAGUUAUGUUAUGUAUGUAAAGGCCGAGGGGGGGCCUGCUCCUGACCGUAUGGUGCUGACAUCGUUCUCCAUUUGUACAUCACAUGUUUCAGUUCAGUGCUUCACCUCUCCUCUCACACUAUUUCAGUUGGCUUCGACUCAACUCAACAACGUGACUCCACUUUAGAUCCUGGAAUACUCUCAAGCAUGACACACUUUCAUAUCCAAAUGGCUGCCAAUGAUUCUAAUGAGGAGAAACAAUGACACUGUUUUAGAAGAAGCACAAAAGCGAUGUCCCUGUAUAGUCUGGCAUUAUUAUUAGUCAGAGGGAAAUAACGUUGAGAUUUGCUAUGUUGCGAUGGAUGAAUUAUAUGAUGUUAUGAUGACUGCAGAUUGUUGACUUAAAAACUUUUUGUUGUUUCUCUUUCUUUUGGGUUGUGACUAAUUAAACAUAAGUUGAUCUAAAGCAAAA